CGAAGACCCGAGACCCUUCGAGACGCGCACGACAUCAUGGCGUCCACGCUCGUCGCGACGACGCCGCUCGCGGCUUCCCCGCGCCGCGCGAACGCGUCCGCGCCGCGAAAGAUGAUGCGAUCGCGCCUCGCCGGCGCCCGCGGCGAUAAUAAUCCCGUCGUCGUCCGGGUUUCCCGAGUCUCCCUCACGGGUCCCCGGAGGACGCGCGCGAUCACCGUCGCGCGCGCGACCGCGACCGCGCCCCCCGAGACCGAAUCCUCCGCGACGAAUGAAACCUCCGCCUACCAGUUCGACUGGGCCAAGGCGUGGUACCCGAUGUCGCCGAUCGCGUUCCUCGACCCGACGAUCCCGAAUCCGAUGAAAGUCCUGGGCAAGUCCCUGGUCGCGUGGAAGUCCGAAGACGGGACGUGGUCCGUCGCGAACGACGAGUGCCCGCACCGCAUGGCGCCGCUCUCGAUGGGGUUCCUGAGCGAGACGAACCAGCUCGUGUGCCGGUACCACGGCUGGGAGUUCAACGGGAAGGGCGAGGCGACGCGCGUGCCGAUGUCAGUCGACGCCAAGGCGGAGCGCACCGCGUGCGCGUCCCCGCGCGGCUGCGCCGUCUCCUACCCCGUCAAAGAGCAGAGCGGCGUGCUGUGGGUGUGGCCCACCCCCGGCGCGGACGCGUGGCUCGAGGCGAGCGCGGUCCCGGUCGCGACCGAGGCGGCGGAGUUUGGCGACCUCCCCGGCGACUGGGGCAUGGUUGAACUCCCCGUGGGCUACGCGCCCGCGCUCGAGAACCAGUUCGACCCGUCGCACGCGGAGUGGCUGCACGCCAAGUACGACGAGAUCACGGGUGGGCUGAGCGAGACGAUGAACGUGAAGUUCGAGCCGAUGACGCGGUUCAACGUGAAAGAGGGCAGCAUGAACAAGAUCGGGUUCAUCGUUCAACACGGCGGGUACAACGCGGGGAAUAAGGACGUCAGCGCCGAGCGGCUCUUCACCGCGCCGUGCUCGUCGCGGAGCGAAUACAAGGACGCGAGCGGGAACCGGUACCUCUCCGCGGCGAUUCUGUACACGCCCACGGAGCCCGGGCGGUGCCUCAUGUUCACCAAGUUCCAAGCGCACACGCGACGGGCGGUGCAGGGCGCGGGCGGGAAGAAGAUCACCACGGGCGACCGCGUCAACGCGUUGCUCUCCGCGCCGGCGCAGAACGCGUUUCGGUGGUACAUGGAGUUCAUGGUGAAAGAUCCCGCGCUCGUGCGCGUGGGUCUGAACCACGGCGUGUACGGCAACGCGGCGUACACGCUCGGGGAUCAGGACAUUCAGGCCAUGCACGGCGUCGAAGUCGCGAUGGAGAGCCGGGAGAAGAGCUGGAAGCAGUCGUAUUAUCUGCCGUCGCCGUCGGACGCCGGCGUGGCCGGGUUCCGGAAGUGGAUGGACGACCACGCCGGCGGCGGCGUGCGCUGGGCGGAGGGCGUCAGGGACGACGCGUCCAAGGUGAAGCCGAUCGCGCAGCGUCUGGAGCGGUACGAGCGGCACACGCGGCACUGCCGCCACUGCAAGGAGACGCUGAAGGAGCUCGGGAUUUUGGAGGAGCGGUGCGUCGCGUUGUCCAACGCGAUGCUCGCGGGCGGGCUCGCGCUCGGGCUCGGCGGCGCGAUCGUCGGGCAGGAAGGGCCCGCGGUGGUGUCCCUGUGCAUCGCGGGGAUCAUGAUGAACGCCGCGGAGCAGGUGAGGGACAUGCAGAACGAGUUCAAGACGUCCGUCCCGAGACGGGGGGAUCCGAUCCCGAAGCUGUGGUGAUUCGACGCGCGAAGACGGAAGGAUUAUGAUAUUUUCGCCAGAGGGCGUUCGCUUCGUUUCGCUGUGAUGCCAAAGUACAUUACAUACUUCCCUACU